CCUUCAGCAUCUUUUUACACGGUCGCCUUUCCACGUGAAGUGUCACGCGGCCAGUGGGCAAGAGGACGUGGCGUGAAGCAGUCAAGAUACAAGCUCCUCCUAUUCAUACAUGUAGGGGACUUGCUUUAAUAUGGGAUACUGUGCCGUGGACGCAGGGGUCUCGCUAACCUGUCUCCCCUGAACAGUUGCAGCCGCCGGUACCAACGUGUGCCCCGACUGCUUCUGACAGUGAAGAUGUCUCUUUCGGAGAGAGACACGGACACUGCAGCCCGAGAAGGGUUGCCUAAGGUCCCCGUGCCCCCGCUGAAGCAAACCCUGGACACCUACCUAAAAUGCGUGCAGCACUUGGUGAAGGAGGAGCAGUUCCGCAAAACCAAGGCCAUUGUAGAGAAGUUCGGGGCACCCGGUGGCACCGGCGAAGUUCUGCAGAAGAAGCUCCUGGAGAGGCGGGACAAAAUGGAAAACUGGGUGUAUGACUACUGGCUGGAGGACAUGUACCUGAGCAACAGGUUGGCUCUGCCGGUGAACUCUAGUCCUGCCAUGGUGUUUCCCAAGCAGAAUUUUAAAGAUCAUAAAGAGGCCCUCAGAUAUGGAGCACGUCUCAUCAGAGGUGUGUUGGAGUACAAGGCCCUCAUUGAUGCGCAAGCGCUCCCAGUGGAGUUUGCCCGAGGCCAGCUGGCUGGGACCCCUCUGUGCAUGGAGCAGUAUUCCCGCCUGUUUACCUCAUACCGCUACCCGGGCCUGAAGACAGACACGCUUAAGGUCCACAUGAACGCAGCCUCUGAAACAUCGGCGCACAUCAUUGUGGCGUGUAAGAACCAGUUCUUCGCCUUGGAUGUUGUCACCAACAGUAAGCCGCUCAGCGAGACAGAGAUCUUAUCCCAAUUGGAGAAAAUUGUGUCGAUGGCAGGAAAUGUGGGCGAAAGAUGUCCUCCAUUUGGUAUCUUGACAUCUGACGACCGAACAGAAUGGGCACAAGCCAGAGAUAUUCUGACAAAAGAUCAAACUAACAAGGACGCCCUAGCCCUGAUAGAAACAUGCCUGUGUAUAUUAUGCCUGGAUGAGUCCAGUGGAACAAAGCCCACUGAUACUAACAGAGCUUUGCUUAUGCUCCAUGGUGGUGGAAGGGAAAAGAACGGCGCAAAUCGUUGGUAUGACAAGUCAAUGCAGUUUGUCGUAGGAAUGGAUGGAAUAUGUGGAGUGGUGUGCGAGCACUCCGCAUUCGAGGGUGUUGUACUGGUCCAAUGUUCCGAAUAUUUGACGAAGCACAUAGCUAGAACCGCAUUAGAGACCGUGAAGCCGUCCAGUAGUCGAAAGCUUCAACCCCCAAGAAGACUUGUAUGGAAAUACAAUGCACGAAUCCAGGGACUCUUUGUGGCAUCUGAGGAGCGACUCCAGAGGCUGGUGAAUAAUCUGGACAUGGAUGUUUUCACAUUCAAGGGUUAUGGAAAAGAAUUCAUCAAGAAGCAAAAAAUGAGUCCAGAUGCAUUUGUACAAGUAGCCCUUCAGCUUGCAUUUUUCAAGUGCACUGGAAAGCUGGUCUCAACAUAUGAGAGCGCAUCUAUCAGGCGUUUCCGGGAUGGACGGGUAGAUAACAUUCGUUCCGCCACUGUUGAAGCAUUGGCUUUUGUCCAGUCUAUGACGGAUGAGAGGAACGUUUACACGGAAACGGAAAAAAUGAAGCGACUGAGGAAUGCAAUAAAUGCCCAGACAAAUUAUACAAUUGCAGCUAUUACAGGAAUGGCAAUAGACAAUCAUCUUCUGGGACUACUCAAAAGUGCCAAGGAGCUCAACAUGGAGCGUCCAGAGAUCUUUUGCGAUGAAACCUAUGUCGCAAGUAACCAAUUCAUCCUGUCUACUAGUCAGGUGCCAACCACAGUAGAAAUGUUUUGUUGCUAUGGUCCAGUAGUGCGCAACGGCUAUGGCGCUUGCUACAACCCGCAGCCAGAUCACAUUGUCUUCUGCGUGUCCAGUUUCUGGGAAAGUACUCAGACAAGCUCGGCUGUUUUUGUCAAAGCGCUGAAUGAGGGCCUGCUGGAAAUCAGAGACUUGUGCGAGGCUUGCUGUGGCGGUGCUGCAGCCAAAAUUGCGGAUGGCCGGCAGGGGGGUAGCAAGCCUAACAGAGCAGGGACAUAGCGGUUUUAGCUUUGUCGGAUGGAUAUUUGUCCGCUGUGCAAUAUAAUUGGAGUAACUUUACUUCUAAAUGAAAGGCCUAAACAUCAUGUGACCAUAAUAUACUGUAUUAUUAUUAGCUUAGUGAUUGCUUGACUUGGCAUAUAAACCAGUCGGCAACCUAUAGGAAACGGAAGCCAUGUUCUCAUCUCACAGAAUGACUGAUUCAGAUUCAGAUGUAUUGUUCACACAUACUGUAUUAGCAUAUGUAGCAGUGUGUUUAUCUAUCUUGAUCCAUUUUAAUGUGGAGUUUGGUUGUGUGCAAAAUGUGAUGCUGCUGAUACUAAAGUUGCCAAAGACACACGUGCUAUAUUAAAACUAGCUGGUAGAAUAUAAAUGUGGAGUGUUGAGCUGUGUAUGUAUGUGUGUUCUUAAUGAUAGCAAUAAUAUUUUAAAGGUGGACCUACUGUAAGUGGUGAAUGAGGCAAAGCACUGUGUUUAUGUGUACAGGAAAUACAUUAUUUUUGUAGAGGUAGUUGUAAAUUAGCAUCUAUGUGCAAUAACAUUAUCGUAUAGUAUAUGUGCAAUUUAAUGUAUCACAUUGUUAUAUUUAUUCGGAGAGAGAUUACGUGCACUUUUUAAUAACUGUAAUUAUAGUAAUAUUUGCAAUAUUGUCAGGUAAUUCUAGUGGAGUUUAAUGUUUGAUGUAAAGUGUUUCACUUGUUAAAUGGUAACAAAUGUAGUGUUUUGUUAUCCUAUCCACAUACACUUGCACGCAAUUGCAAUGUUGACGUGAUUAAAAUGUAGAUUUUUUUUUUUUUCUGUUUCAAUUAAUCAUCAUUCCAAUCAAGAAACCAUCAUAAGGAAAAGAAAAUGCAUGUUUAUUCUUGGAGAGGACCAAUAGUUUUAUAUGUAUAAAAUUUAUAUUGUGCAACAAAAUAUAUUAAGAGUAUGCAGGAGAAAAAAAAAUGCCUUAAAAGAUGCAACACCUAUUUUACCAUAUCUUCCAGCUGUAAUCAGUAAAUAUAUGUCUGUCUUUUUUGGAGUGAUGAAAACAAAAGAAUGUACUGUUUGUGUUGUAAUUGAAUGGAUUGUUUAUAGAAGGGAUAAUAAUCCUUAAGUAUUGUAUUGCAACAUAUAAGAACAGAGUUCUAUACUGAUUUGGUGAUGAAUGUGCAGUGAUAUGUGAGGAUUUAGAGUAUUUUCUUAAAUAAUGUCAUCAAAAUGUAUUACAAUAAAUAUGAAGAUAUAUAUCAUGGAAGAAAAAUAAAAGUAU